AUGGAUGAACAUUCAACGAGUGCUCUCCAAUAUGGGCACUUGGGUAAAGCGGUAUAUGUACCGGAGACCCAGGCCUGGUCAUUUUCUCGUACCCUAAACCAGCCAUCUUCAAUAUUGUAUACUGGAGCAACCAAGAUGACUGUAGCCUCUCCUCUCACUGCUCCUCAGUCUUUUUUAGUCGAGAAUAAGAACCUACUGCCGAGAGUGCACCCGGAGCUGGCGGCGUGCUGGUCCUUGGUUAGCAACGAGAACUUUUCGCAUGUUAUCACGACAAGCGAAAUAUGUGAUUCCCAGGUAUCUUCACUUUUGGACUUGGGCUGUGCUGUGGAUCUCGAAAAUGAUGAUUCGGGUAGUCGGGUUUUGCCAAUAGCAGUGUUUGCAUCCGGGGAGUGCGGCAACACCAUCUCGUUCCGAAGAUUGGAGGAAGAUACUCUGGAACUGAGACAACAAACGACCUUCAUGCGUGUUCCUUCUAUCGGUGAAACAGACGCCACGGAAUGGAGUGUCGGUGGUGUCCCGAUUCGUCAAAUUUGCUUUGCGCGGACAAUUGAAGAAAAAGCGACAUGGAUGGCCGCUCGAUGCCCUGAUUCAACCACGAUUUUCCGGCCUUUGUACCACAGAGACCCUGCUCCAAGGCGCAUAUGCCGUGACAAUGAUAGCGUACUUUCGAAUGACGCUCGUAACUCCCGAUUGGAUGCGAACCCGUUGGUUGAGAUAUCAAGUUUACGGACGGGUGGUUUCCCGCACGCCGAUAUAACAUUCAAUCCCUGGUACCAGAGACAAUUCGCGAUUGUAGACCAACAGGGAAACUGGAGCAUCUGGGAGGUGUCUGGUCGGCACAGGCGAAAUAAGGGCAAUUGGGCCGCAACAUGCGUGAAUUCGGGUUCAUUGCCAUGGCUCGAUAAUGGCGAUAGUCCUGAUUUGGAUAACCAACCUCGACAUGAUGGAUGGGGGGUAAUUGAAUGGGCUGGGGACGUCAAUAGCAUCGUUGUUUCUGAUCGGCGUUGUCCCAUGCUUUACCGGAUGGAAGGCGAUCAAAUCUGGUCCAUUCCAAUUGAGCUUGGCUUGAAAAGAAAGUCCGAAUGGAUCUUGGACAUUAAAAGAAGCCCAUCAAACGCAUCUCACGUUUAUGUGCUCACCACGACGAGCAUAUUCCGGCUCGAAAUUACUGAGUUCUCUGGCGAAGGUGAUGUUGGGUCUCUAUAUCCUCAUCUAUCCUGGUGCCAUUAUAGGGAUCCUGAAGAUACGACACUGCGGUUAAGUGCACUACUUACCAAUGAAGAUUUUUACCUCUUUCUGUACUCACGGCUCAACAACUUUGUGCUGGGUUUUCAAUGCCCGAAUGCAACUGAGGAAGAGAUGAACAGCACUGUACGUAUUCCAGAUCCAUUUAUCCUGGAUAUACCCUCUACGGUCGAUGUGUCGCCGGAAUCCCAAGAUUCGACGAAUAGUACACAGUUUUCCACACUCAUAUUCAAACAAAUCGCACAUUCGCCAGCAUCAGUCGGCAAAAGUUACUAUGAUUCUAGCGCGAGACUUUCCAAGCUUUUCCUGCUGGACUCGCGACUUGCUGUCUGUGAAUCGGUGUACACUGAGCCCACGAUUUCUGGCGACACUGAAGAACAGCCUCUCGGGCGGGAUGCAUUGCGGGCAAAAAGACGCCAACAAAGUGCGCGGAAAACUCGAGCAUUUCGUUACCGGAAUGAUUUCGUGGUCGAUGAUUGGGAUGAAUCUAUGCGUAGCAUGGGUGCAACCGCGAUCCCGAGUAUGGGGAUCUCUACGGUAUCACCUCAUGCAAUUCCUAAAUGGACUACUGAUUAUACGGCCGUCUAUGCUGUUGCUACGGGGCGGUUAAUUCUCGGAUCGAAUGAAGGGGAAUUUUCACAAGACUCGGAGGAACUGUUAAAGAACAUCAAUUCUCUAGCAGACCAAAUCGCCGAUACAGCCUUGAGUGACCAAGCUGCGAAUACCCUGUACGUACAGAAGUUGAUAUUGGCCAAGUAUGUUCUGAAAUUGACACACUUUAGACUCGAAGUUUUCGGCAGCAGUUUUCUGUUGGAUGACAUUGAAAAAAGUGCCCAAGCCAUUGAAGGUGUCAUUUUGCUUUGCAAGCAGCGAGAAUCAAAUCCUCAAAUUGAACACCGACUCUCCAUUCUGCCGAUUUUACCAUUGAUGCAGUUAACCGUUGCGAACGAAAGCGAAGGAAAACCGAACCUAGUAUAUAUUUAUGAUCGUUUGGUCAGCACUUGGCUCUCAAAUCUACCCCACAAUAUUCCCGGACGCACACGGAUUACGAAGGAGAGAAUCAUCAGGAAGCUGGCGGCCGAUCUCGUCCUGGCCCGGAUCAAUAUCACUCGCAAACCCCCCGAUGGUAAGCAUGAUGAUUAUCUGGACAAUCAAGAUGACGCCAAAUUAUCGAAUCCGGAAACUAGCUUUGGCUCUCAUGGGAUUGUGACGCCACGACGUUCGUCUGUCCCAGUCUCUGAAAGAGAUGGCGGCGGUUCAACCUCUCGAAGCGAUUUAGGUGCCACAAACAACGGCGUCUCGGAUUCCCAGCCUACAAAAAGAGUGCCGGUCUACUCUACUCUGUCCUCUUUAACGACGUUUAAGAAUCAGCCUUCCAUGUCCUGGAACGUGGAAUCCAUGCUUUCCCAUUGGGUACCGGGUAUGGACCCAGCUGCUUAUGAUUGGCAGAGAACUGUAUUCUCAGUUGAAGAGGAUGAGUCACAGCGGAUGUCGCGAUCUGUGACUCCCAAAAGAAAACAGCGGAAGAAAACACCACAGAGAACGACCAUGACUUCUCCGGCACCUCCUCCCAUUUCGCCGGCCAUUCCUGGCAUUUAUGGACAGAGCAGUCAGCCGACAAGCGACGGCUUAUAUCGGGGAAUACCACAGAGUAGUCAAGUCACCACUGUGGAUGAGGAUCUUCCCAUGACUCAAGUCGAACGAGGUCUCUUUGGUGGAAGAGAGGCAAAUAAGAAGAGCGUCAUGAAGACGAGAAAGAAGAAACGGGCAGCUGGCUUUUAG